AGAUUUAAAACAAGGAUGUUCUUUGUCUUUUUGUUGUUCUCAGGUAUGUUCCAGCUGAUUUCUCCUCUUGGGUUGAUUGAGCAGCCUCCCCUGCAGUGCUCCCAGGAAGGAUUAUCCUGCAGUGUCCAUAUAAGCAGGCUUAACUGUUCAGUGAAAGAUUGGGUGAAGCCAAGAUACGAGGCUCCAAGCCUAAACCCGUCUAAUGUAAAGCUCGAGGUGAAUUCCAACACAGAUGAGAGGAACGAAACAAUUCCUGUGUUGUCCAUUACAAUAAAUCAGGUUUCAGAUGGAAGCAUAUAUAGCCUGAAAGGGAUGAAGGUGCGAGUGCAUGAACUCACCACAAACAACAGUCUGUGUAUUUGCUAUAUUUUCAUGAACAAUUUCUCCUGGGUCCAACGACCAGAUUUUCAGCCAUGGUCGUUUGUGGUUGAUCAAAUUAUUGUCGAUCCAGGAAUGACGUAUCAGGUUUCUGUGUAUAAUUUACCAAAACCAGAUGUGGGGGGGAACGCAAACUUGCAAAAUAUAACAGUUGCAGGUUGUAAACAUCGUAAACUCCAAACCUUCCGUGCGUGCUUGGAGAACGGGAGCCUCUGGGAUCCCAACAUGACGUGGUCAGUGAGAGAUGACGGGGAGGAUGGAAUCUCGAUAAAACUCGUAUUUAAUACAGCACAGUUCUCAGACUUGUACAAAGUGUACAUUCGUUCUUCCGAUUUCCACACCGAGCUUUCACACAAAGUCUCAAAGAACAAUCUUACUUCAAUUAGCACCAAUUUCUCUCUGAAUACUUGGCAGUUGAAACAAUGUGAGGUCACCUUUGGAAUUAAACCAUUUUUUAUACGAUGCAUGGAGAAGUGUUCGCAUUACCAACAAAAGGUUAAUAUUUGCUCCUAUUAUACUAUUCCAUCAUCCAAGAGACAGCACGUGAUCUGGAUCAUUUUUUGCCAAGCAGUCCUAUUACUUUUGGUUUUAACAGUUGUUUUGCUGCAUAAGAGAAUUAGACACAUUCAUAAAGAUGCCUCCUCCACUUCUCAUAACACCGCUGAUAAGGGCAACCUGGAGACCGUACCCGUGCAGGAGCGCAGCAGAGUUCUGAUCAUCUACUCACAGGAUCACCCCAUGUACACGGAGAUCGUCCUGAAGCUGUGUGCUUUCCUCAGAGCCAAAUGUGGAACCGAAGUCACACUCGACCUUCUGGACUCUACAUGCCUCAGCACCAUAGGCCGGAUCCAGUGGCUGGACAUGCAGAAGACGAGACUUGUUAGUGCUUCUGAUAAAAUUCUUAUCCUGUGUUCUCCGGGGGUGUUUGCCAAGUGGAAUGCCAUGUGCGAAGGGCGUAGGGUGAUGACCAGGGAGGACUUCCGCUCACCCAUGGGUGAUAUGCUGACCCCGGCUCUCAGCAUAAUCGUACCAGAAUUUGUGCACGCUCCAUCUUUUGGGAAGUAUGCUGUAGCUUACUUCGAUGACGUCUGCAGCGAGAAGGACGUACCCGCUCUGUUUCACGUGGCUGUGAAAUACCAGCUGAUGAAGCAAUUUGAAGAGCUUUUCUUCAGACUACUAAAUACAGAGAAGUAUGAACCUGGAAGGAUUAAACACGUUCAUGGCCUUGGAGGAGAUGACUACCACCGUUGUCCAUCUGGUAGAGACUUAAGAGACGCAAUUAAGGCAUUUCAGUCAUAUCAGCUAACAAACCCAAACUGGUUUGAAAUGGAGCUCGUAGAUGUACAUGAAGAAGUAGAGGACUCCGUCGUUAAGAAUAAGGAUGGUACAGAAAAUCAUUGUUAUUACAUCCUUCAGAAUGAAAUGCAGAUCAAAGGAAUCUCAGCUCCUGUAUUUACAGACAUGUCAAAGGUCAAAACAACUACACUUAGGUUGAGUGGGGACGGUGGUAACUCAGUGGAUAAGACAUUGGAUUACUGA